UCCAACGUAACAUCGUUCUCGAUAUUCACUUAUUUUUCAGUUAAGGUUCACUUAAGUUUUAAUACGAACUAGAUAGAGGUAAUGUGGCGUUAUUUACCUGUUAAACUAGUUAUUUGAACAUAAAAGGAAAAUAUGCAGGUUACACAGGUUGUUGCAAGUUUUAUUGUAAAUGUACAUGGAAUAUAACAAUGUAAAUGUUUACAUUGUGUGGAUUUGAAAUGGGACAAUAGUGCCAACUGAGAGUGAUCCACAUUAAGAAAUGUUAUUCGGUUAAGCAAGAGAAUGUGAAAAAUCCGACUGAGCCAACCCUGGAUUUUGUGAAAUUAAGUAUGGGAAAGAUAAAUCCUGAGAUAAAAAAAAAUAUUCUUAAACUUCAAAACAUUGGAAACGUGAUUUGGGUGCAAUAUUGCUUUGUAAAUGCAUGCUAGUAUUCAUGAGCUUUGUAAAACGAUCGGUUGGAAGAUUCGAACCGGCAAUUAUGACAUUUGACCUCGGCACGUUAACAUAACUCUGCAAAAAACUCUUUCGAAAAAUAGUUUGCAGGAAAGAUAAUCAAAAGCUCGUGCAACAACUGAAGGAAACUUUCGUAGUCAAUAUGUUGCACAAGUGCAGUUUGUAACCUAAAUCGCAAGCGUUCUCAAUAAAGCACUAAAUGAUCGUUUCGUUCCUGUGGUAGUCCCUGUAUAAAGCCAUGGGGAUGAGUCGGGGCAAGAAGACGGUGCUGCUUGUGGUGGCACUGUGUGCCGCCCUGCUGGCUUGCGUCCUCCAACUGGUGGGCGUGGUGACUGCAGGAUGGAUGUACGUCCGUAGCCGUAACACUGGUGCUGACCCGUACCUCCGAUUCGACAACACCCUGCAAACGGGCCUCUGGUACCGCAUCGAGUGCAUCAAUGACUUCUGUAAAAAGCUGGACUUUGGGGAGGGCAACUAUGAAAAUCCUCCGAACAUGAAAUCCAACCAGAACGCCGCGUUGGCUGCCCUUGUGUUUUGCUUUUUCGCGUGCAUCCUAGCAGUUGUGGCCGUUUGUCUCCGGAACUCCUCAGCGCUGGCCAUCUCAACAAUAGUACGGAUAUCCGCCAUGGCCGCCUGCCUCAUAUCAUUCAGUGUUGCCAUGAUUCCUCUCGGAAAACAAGCGGCUGAAAUCAGUGAGUACCGGUACACUGUACAACAGGAUAAACUGGCGGAUCCCAAUCCAUAUACGGACACAACCAUUCUGUUCCCCUACUCCCUUUUUAUGUGGGGAUUUGGGGGCGUGCUAAUACUCCUAGCGGUGAUCCCACUUUUGUUGGAUGUAAUAUGUCACCAGACGCUUGACAACAAGCAACAGUUCGACACUGUUUCAGAGAGCGGCAGCAUGAUGAACUAUUCGUGCACGUCAUACCCGACCGAUGACGGGUCGGUCGCAAAAAUGAACGGCAAACGCGGUAUUAGCAAUUCUAACCUCACAAUCUCCACCGACCCGGAACCGUUCAUGCACGACAAACCCGUGUACUCUAUCCGCAGUGUGAGCACGGAGCACCUGUAUCACCACAACAGGUUCGCGCAUGGCAAAGGGCGGUCGUACGAGCACCAGGAUCCGACCAAUCCCCUGCAGGCAUAUGCUCUCCAGGAGGCUAUACUGGAGUCGGAGCGGGAAGGGGGCGACAGGAAACGCCAGGACGGAAGGCGCUGGUCGGAGCGCGAGGUAACCGACUCACCCGGGAGGCGCCGUAAACUAAGACGUACAUCUGAGCGAGAGAAUGGCGACGGGGAGCGACAGGAAGGGCGCCGUCGGUCAGAGCGCGAUGAGACCGACUCCCGCGUUGGGCGCACGGAUGACACAGAGGGGUCAGAUCGCGAAGUGAGUGACAGGAGAAGUAGAAGAGCUAGACGCACGUCCGCACGCGAUGUGCCUGACAGAGGGCGGCGUAAUAGCGGGGUUUCAAACGAGGGAUACGAAGGACCGAAGGAGGUGACAAUCUGAGAGGGAUAUUGUACACGUUUUCCUGUCACUCUUGUCCAGCGUGCAUAAACGCUUAGUGUUUUCAGUGCAAAUAAUGAAAGCAUAGUUGCAUUAUAACUUAAAAACUUUUAAGUAGUACAUAUAGAACCGGUUCGGUGUUGUGGUAAUGAAACAGCUACGUGGGACCUACACUGCAUUCUUCUUUAGUAAGAGAAGACGCAAUAAUACAUUAUAGUAUGUUUUGUCAUGGUGUUUUGAAUCCAGCAUACUCUUAGUGUUCACAUUAUUCAUUUACAUCAUGCAUUUGUACAUAGCUCACUUUCUGAAUGCUAGCUAUCAUUUUAUCAACAUUUCAUCUGCUGAUGGUGAUAUUUGCAAGGAUAAUUUUGUAAAUUAGUCAUAAGACACAAGUAGCAUUCCUAGUGACAUUUCAAGCUAUCUUCAUUAAACCAUUGUCAUCGGGAUUUUUUUUAUAGUUUGAAUAUUUUUUUAAUUAAAAAUAAAUGGUCCCAAAACACAAGUUGUGGAUAGACAUUUGUUUAUUUAUUAACCCACAAAUAAGCACGUGUGUAAAUGAACGAUAAAAACUCCAGAGCCUCGCUUAGUGGUCAACAUAAUAUUUUGUCCGAUGAGAAGGCAGUAUUUUUCGAGUUUUCUAAUACAUUUAUUUCAGUAAAUCAGCAGUCAGCCGUCAUUAACUUUAAUUCAUUGAAGCGGUAGAUAUAAACAUUGGUUGGUCCAGUAUGUGGGUAGUUUACUCAAAAUAAUGUAGACCACUUUUUAAGUACAUACUAACAACCCUUAACCGUUUCUCCACAACCUUGCCCUAUUAUGAGAUUUUGUAAAUUUUCAACUGUAAGCUU